AUGGUAGCUAAAGCGCUCCUUUUUAGGCUGUGUGUGGUGCUCUUAGCGCUGAGUAGCAACGAUGCCUAUUCACAGCAGGUGUAUGUCGCGUUUUUGCAUCCACUCAACUUCUUCGAGUCGUGGCAAGAGUGUAACAUUAACGGUGGAUAUUUGGCUUCGAUCGAAUCGCCGGCAGAGCAGACCCAGGUGGAGAAAGCGAUGGCCAAAGCACGGAACCAAACGGCCGUCUAUUACGUUGGAGGCACGGCCAUCGGGCGCGAUGGUCGUUGGAUGUGGAUCGGGUUGAACAAAGAGUUUGCGCACCGUGGCUACAGGAACUUCUAUCACGAUGAGCUGAACAACAUUAGUCGUGGACAGAACUGUCUUACCGUUGGCAACUGGGAUAAGCCCAACCGAGGUAAAUGGGAUGAACUGGAGUGCACAACCAAGGUUGAUGGGUAUAUAUGCGCUUUCCCCGUCGCUGCCGAUUCUGCCUUCGUUGAUGCACGGGGAUAG